ACAUGAGUGCCAAGGCUGAAGCACCCCUGCCGUUUUCGUUCCAGUUCGCGGCCGGCGCAAUUGCCGGCGUGUCUGAAAUUCUGUGCAUGUACCCACUGGACGUGGCCAAGACGCGGCUGAUGCUGCAGGUGGGCACAGGCGGCGCCGACCAGUACAAGUCGAUCAGCGACGUGUUCCUGCGGAUUAUCCGCGAGGAGGGCCCGUCGCGGCUGUACCGCGGGAUUCUGCCGCCCAUCAUGGUGGAGGCGCCGAAGCGGGCGAUCAAGUUUGCGUCGAACGACACGUACGGGCCGAUGUACAUGAAGAUGUUUGGGGCGGAGAAGCUGACGCAGCCACUGGCGAUUCUGACGGGCGUGACGGCGGGCGUGACGGAGGCGAUGAUUGUGUCGACGCCGGAGCUGGUGAAGAUCCGGCUGCAGGCGAAGGGCAACGCUGGCAAGUACAACGGCACCAUGGACUGCGUGCGGAAGAUCUACGCCCAGGAGGGCCUGAAGGCGUUUGCGAAUGGGCUGGAGUGCACCGUGUGGCGGCAUGCGCUGUGGAACGGCGGGUACUUUGGGUCCAUCUUCGGCAUCAAGCAGAUGCUACCCAAGGCCGAGUCCAAGCAGGGCCAGCUGCUGAACAACUUUGUCGCUGGCGCCAUUGGCGGCACCAUUGGCACGACGCUGAACACUCCGGCCGAUGUGGUCAAGACCCGGAUCCAGAACCACAACUCGGCCAGUGGCCCGCCCAGGUACAAGUCGUUCCUGCCGGGCGCCAAGGUCAUUCUGCAGGAGGAGGGCGCCAAGGCACUCUACAAGGGGUAUGUGCCCAAGGUGCUGCGUCUGGGCCCCGGCGGUGGUAUUCUGCUUGUCGUCUAUGACCAGGUCACGACCUACAUGCGGGCCCACUUCAUGUAG